ACGGAUCUUACUCUUCAGGAGGUAAGAAUGGUUCACCACCUUGUAGUUGGAGGCGUUUCAUUAGGGCUACAGUAAGUUCCGGUGAGGUUCAAAUUUCCGUUUUCAUCUAACAGUGAAGUGUUCAAUUCGCACUGACAACAUUUCCUCGAGUAAUAUGUGAUUGUUGAGGGGUGUAACGAUAGGGGUAGUCCUAAUCGUAGUCACGAUUUCAGAGUCGCUGGCGCUCCAACCGCUAAGUGGAAGCGCGUCCCCGUUCUGUCAGGGGAGCUGUUUGUUUGGGAGAUACAACGUGAUUUCCUCACCUAUAUGGACUAUCAAAAAGUUAAGGCUUUGUCUGAUUCAUUGAUGUUUGCGCGAAAAAAUAGACGUAUAGAGUAACGGGUUCACAAGAUGGAGCCACGACGUCCUUCCCUCUUCCAAGUACUUCAGAGCGGCCCUCUUAAGGUGUCCGUCGUAGGCAGUGGAAACUGGGGGAGCGUCAUUGCUAAGAUUGUCGCACUGAACGCACAAAAGUCAUACGUUUUUCACAAUGAAGUCCGCAUGUGGGUGUAUGAGGAAAUGGUCGACGGAGAGAAGCUUACCGACAUUAUCAAUAAGACUCACGAGAACAGAAAGUAUUUGCCGGGUCAUAAACUGCCAGAGAAUUUGGUCGCUUUGCCCGACGUGGUCGAAGCAUGCAGAGAUUCGGAUCUGCUGAUUUUUAUCAUGCCUCAUCAAUUCGCUACGAAAGUCUGCGAGCAGUUGGCAGAAGCAAGAGUCGUCCCAGGUCACGCGAGGGCCAUCACGUUGCUCAAGGGUCUACACGUUGAAAACGGGAAACCAACUCUGUUCUCUGAUAUUUUCAAAACAAAACUUGAUAUCGUUGACUGCUGCGUCCUCUCCGGAGCCAAUGUAGCCAAUGACGUGGCACGUGAAGAGUUUGCAGAGGCGACAAUCGGGUACAGUCCUGAGGAGACGGACGCUGCCUUGAUAUGGCAGCAGCUGUUUGAUACACCGUACUUUAAGGUUAAUGCCUUACCCGACGUUGCUGGUGUCCAGGUCUGCGGUGCCGUAAAAAACGUCAUUGCAAUUGCGGCAGGAUUCUGUGAUGGUUUGGGGCUGGGCACCAAUGCCAAAACGGCGAUCAUUCGCCUCGGGGUAGAGGAAAUGAAGCAGUUUGCUAUGAUAUUCUUCGACAACAUCAUGGCAGAAACAUUCUUCGACAGUGCGGGAUACGCCGACGUGAUUACGACUGUCUUCGGCGGCCGCAAUGCGCGGUGCGCUGCUGAGUUUUUGCGGCGCGGAGGAAAAGCAACGUGGGAUCAGAUUGAAGCUGACUUGCUGAAAGGACAGAAGCUACAAGGCACUCUAACGACCAAAGAGGUCUACGAGGUGAUAGCCGCUUACGAAGUAGAGCGACUUUUCCCACUGUUUUCCGUCACCUACGAAAUCGCUUUCAAUGGAAGAGACCCCAACGACCUGAUUCGUGUCUUCAAGACCUCCGAAGUUCGUCAGCACAAAACACUUCAGGAGUGCAACCAGCUUGUCGUCUCUUCGGUCGUGGCAAAUGCGAAAGAAAAGAUGUUUGGCGAAGGCCUACCCCCGGAGGGUCGAGAAGCAAUUGAGGCGCCUGAUGGUAGCCUCGUUGAUGAACCUGAGGCAAAACUCGUGCAACAACAAUUUAAGCUACAACAGCAGCUCCAACAGCUUCAGCAUCAGCAACAGCAAAUGCAACAGCAGCUACACAUUAUGCAUAAUAACAAUGGGCCUCUCGGGGGCCACCGAGAUUGUCAGUCGCCUCAGCAAUUAACUGUCCACCUUUCUCACCUGACGCCCUCGCAAAGAAUGCAAGUUCAUCGACUGCAGCAGCAACUCCAGUACAGGCAAAUUCACAAAGGUCAAGACCGGGCGCCCUCUACUCCUAUGGGCCACCCAGAGCUCGGAAGGAACUCCCUGUGAGAGGAUUGCAGAUACUCAUUUACACCCGUCCACCUCAUAUAGGGGCACCAAGGAAUAAACGGGCUGUCGUUGGUUUGAACAAGGCCGAUAUAUGAGGUCGGUAGUAUUGUUUCGUUCUGUCUUACUGCGAGAAAUGCUGGAACCCUCACAAAUGCAAGACCUCAUAUAAUAAUAAAGGUGCCAAAUUCAGU